AUGGCCUGGCUGUCUGGCAUAUCCGGUGGUGCUCCCGGAGGCAAUGUCGCCGGUAAUGGAUCGUUAUCUGGGGAUGGAGGUCCCCAGCAGCAAGUCAACCAGCCCCAGGGCACGGAGUAUACACUACAAGGUGUGAUGCGAUUCCUGCAGACCGAAUGGCAUCGUCAUGAGCGAGAUCGCAAUGGCUGGGAGAUUGAAAGACAGGAGAUGAAGGGGAGGAUAGCACGUUUAGAGGGCAGUACGCGCAAAACAGAUAGCUCCAACAAGGCUCUGAAGAAAUAUGUCAACAUGCUGGAGAAGGCGUUAAAGGAGAGAGAUACUCAAGUCAAGGCGCUUAAAACCGGCAAGGACGUCGACAUCGAGUCAAUACGGGAUAUGAAGGAGAAGGGGAGCACGGGGUUCAAAAUGGGUCAAGGGCGACCGCAAGAGAAGCCUCAUAGCUCAUUCUUGGAUGUCGAAGACGAGACGGAGGCAGAGAGGCUAGAGGAUGAUCCAGAUCGCGGAGGUCUAAAGAACUUCAUGGAUAAAACGCAGGGAGAACUCACGUAUCUUAUGGUAUCCCCGUCGAACCCGGUUCCCCCAAGGGAUGUACAUCCUGCCGCCGAGCUCAUGAUGCACCCUUCAUCUUUUGGCCCGCCACAGGGCCAGCCAAGUCUGGAGGAGAUAUACCAACAACAAGGGAGACAAAAGAACAUGCGCGAAGCAAAUAUGGCUAGACCAUCACCGACGCCAAAUCAUCACCCACCACCCGUUCCAGUAGUUAAUUCAAACCUUCCGCUCCGCAACGCAGAUAUGCAGGGAUCGCGGUCUCUUGCAGACCAACAACCUCUGCCGCAAACAUCGCAGCAAGAAUGGGCGUCAACCUUCCAAAUGGCUGAUCAGUCUCGGGAAGAACAAGGAAACAAGGCUACGUUUGAUUCAUACGGUAGACCGGUAAAUGCCGAAGAACUAGCAGAGAAGCAACCUCCAACAGAAGCGGACGGUUGGGAUUUCAACGAAUCAGCACAAUUCCCAGAUCCAGAACCACAACCCGCGCCCCAGAGGCCGGACAAAGAUUUGUUUCCGAUUGCACAGGAUCCACCAAAAUCGCCGAACAGGGGGCCAGGUUCUCAUCGGAGGAAAAGUUCAAUGUCGCGGCGCAAGAGUAGCGAUCAUGAAAUUUCGUUAAAUCCAAACCAAAAGGUGGAUAGCGGCAGUUUCAAAGUGAGGUUUGGAUUAAGGGGACAUCUUGACGCUGUGAGAUCAGUUAUCUUUAGCGGCGGAGGGAGCCCUGGUGAGCCUGAAAUAUGCACCGCUGGGGAUGACGGAACGAUCAAGCGAUGGAUUAUUCCAGCCCGGUACGAAACCCAACCUGGGAUUCAUAAUCCUCCAGGCGAUUUGGAUAUUCAAAGCUAUUUUACGCAUCGUGGCCAUACCGGAUCGGUCAUGUGCCUAGCCUCUUGGUCACCGUCCCAAAAUUUCUCGAGUGGUGGCCGAGCACAAGGCGAUGGUUGGAUAUUCUCGGGGGGCCAGGAUGCAACUGUACGAGUAUGGGAGCGUGGAAGAGUCGACCCCAAGGCUACGCUUGAUGGCCAUACCGAUGCGGUUUGGUCGGUCUGCGUUUUGCCCGGGACAACGGGAUCAGUCUUUGGCCAAAAUAAUUCAUAUGGCGGACCGGACCGCAUAAUUCUUGCAUCUGGUGCCGCCGAUGGCACUGUGAAGGUCUGGUCUGUUAGUGCUCCGCCCCAAUUAAUAUCGCCUCAAGCAGGGAGUGGACGGAGGGGCGGUCGCGUUCGAGGAAACUCCAUGUCAUCUGGCUCUGCCUUCCCUUCUUCACCACAACCUAGCGUGGCUUCUAAUUCCCCUUUUCAUUACACGCUUAUCCACUCGAUUUCGAGGGCCAACAGCACCGCUUCGCCAACCUCUAUAACACCGUUCUCCGCGUCUGGGGAUGCAUUUGCCGUUUCAUACGCUGACGCUGCGGUCUUGGUUUAUGCUACUCGAACUGGAGAAGAAAUAACUGCUAUGGCUAGCUUGGAGACAUAUGAUAGCACGAUGUCAACUGGUGUGAAUGGCGUCGUUGCAACUACGAGUGGGCUCGAUAGCUCCUUGAGUGUGGAGGCUGGGAGAGGGCUCUCUGAAGAUGAGGGUGUCGUUAGCGGCGCUACUGGCUCAAGCGGUGGUGUGGAGGGAAUUAUUAUUAGCGGACAUGAAGACCGAUACAUUCGUUUUUAUGAUGCUAAUAGCGGGCAAUGCACGUACAACAUGUUAGCCCAUCCCGCCGCGAUUUCAGCCCUAUCGCUCUCGCCUGAUGGCCGAGAGCUAGUAUCAGCGGGCCAUGAUGCCAGUUUGCGGUUUUGGUCUCUCGAGAAACGAAGCUGUACUCAAGAAAUCACUAGCCAUCGUCUAAUGAGAGGAGAAGGUGUAUGCUCAGUAGUGUGGAGUCAAGAUGGAAGAUGGGUUGUCAGUGCUGGAGGGGAUGGGGUGGUGAAGGUCUUCGCCCGAUGA